AUGCCUCCAAAGAAGCAAGAUCCAGACUCGCAAGUCGCUAGCGACAUCAAUGCUCUAGCCAUCAUGAUGGCAACCGCUACAGAAUUCAAUCCAGACUACAAUGCCGUUGCUAGAGAGCUAGGUAUUUCCCAUGGGAAGAACGUGCCUCGCAAGAUGGACACUAUUCUCAAGCAAGCAGGAUAUCAGCUCAAGAACAAGAAGGUGGUGAAGAUCGAUGAAGAUGGUGCACCGACUACUCCAAAAGUCAAAGAGCCUAAGACACCUGGUGGUACUGAUGACGAAGACGGGAAGCCGACCAUUACAAAGAAAUCCAUUGCGAAGAAGCCAGCCUCGAAGAAAGGGGUUACACCAAAGAGAGAGAGCUCAAAAUCUCCAACCAAGAAAGCUCCUGCUACGCCACAAUCGAAGAAGCGAAAGCUAAGCGAGGACAUCGACGAGGAGGAUGAAGAUAUCAAGACUGAGAAGAGCGAUGAAGACGAUGACGAUAAGGACGAGGAUAUUGAUGAUGACGGAGAUGAAGCAGAGGAAUGGUGGCGUCACGGCGAAAUCAAAUAG